AUGGAUCCCGCGGACGUGGAGGUGACCAUUAAAGUGGGCGAUGAUGGGCUCGCUGAAAUCCAGACGAACCCUGCAAUUCCCUACGUGCUACCCUCGGUGGAAGACCACUUUGACCAAAACCCUUUUGCUGUGUCUAUCUCUACCGGGGCGAAGCGCGAGCGCCAUCCAGCUGAGGAAAGCAUCGCGCCUUCCCCUUGGUACUUAGCUUCUGUCUACGGAAACCCGCUGUACUCAACACCUGCGGUCCAUGAGUCUCGUCUGACUCGGCUUGGAACCGAGGAGACUGAAGAAUCUGAGUGGUUUCCACCCCCCAAAUAUCAACUUAAUUCCGGUUCGAUGGCUCCCCUACAGCCCCGGGAGCUACCCGGUUCUCCACCCAAGACUAACCCCAACUCGCGCGUCUGGGAAUCUCACCGUCCUUCGAGCCUCAACUUUACCAUUUACGAAGAUCCGCAGGACCAGCAGACCCCCAGCCCUCCGCAGCAAGGGUUCUACUCCAUGGAAGAGGAUAAAGAGAACAUCUUUCUAACUCAGUCUGACCUCGAAACCUCUGACGAAGAAGAGCAAGACACUCCGUCCAACCUCGCUUGGAAUGAAGCUUCCACCGGCCCCCGCGAUGCCUUUGGUCUCCCACUCAACCGCGAAAUGUCUGAUUUCGUCCCUCCCCGCAACACCCCGUUUACGGAGCGCCCCAUGCGCCAUGGUCGAGAGGUGCUGCGGACCCUCUGGGUUGAUGAGGCACAGGUCCCCGAGGAAGAUGAUAGUGAACUGCAUGAGGAGAGUCUGACCAACGCCCAGGUUCGAGAGGCUGUGCAGACUAGAGGAAGCUACCAACUAGGACGAGCUAUGGCCCGCUCCAACCUUUACCAGCUGCGUGAGGAUACCCGUGUUCAGGCACCUACAUAUUUCCCCAGGGAUGUUCGUCGCAUCCUUGAUUUCCAGCAACCCGAGUAUCGUCGCUCUAUUACUCCCGAGCCAAACGAGGAUAGCCGCACUACUACUCCUGAAAAAAGCGAGGAGGAAGGCCACUCAGAGCCAGAGCAAGAGCUUGAGUAG